GCUUCUUCUUCGGGGUUUCCUUAAUCGGUAGUGAAGUAGCUUUCUUAUAUAAACAAAAAUUGUUGCAGCUUCGUGACUGAGGUAUAAACCAGAGCCAAAUAUGUCGUCUGAUAAACUAAUUGGACCCGCUUUGCCCCCAGCGUUCAGACAGGAGAGCCCUGAAGACUGUGAUAAUGAAAACGGAUUCGUUGGCCCUGCUUUGCCUCCCGGUUAUAAACGGGGAGAAGCGUCGAGCUCCUCGGAUGAAAGUGAGCAGGAGGUAGCGGUCAAAAGAGCCAAGACGGGACACACUGCUGCAGAGGUGAGCACAGAAGACGAUGAUGGUUUUUUUGGACCAGUCCUGCCGCCAGGAUUUAAGAAACGCCCGAGUUCACCAGAUGUACCGCCUGUGUUGGGACCUGCUCUGCCUCCUGGGUUUUGCAGAGCAGCAUAUGAAGACAACGAUGGAGAAGAUACAGAAAUUUACCCAGGGCCUGCCCUGCCUCCAGGUUACCAGGCUGAGCCCUCCAGCAGUGAUGGAGAGGAAGAAGAUGUUAUUGGACCCAUGCCAGUCAAAGGGCCAUUUCAGGACACCGUGGCUCAGGACUUUGAGCGUAGAGCAAAAAGGAUGAAAGAGAAGCUGACAGGAAAAGAUGCUCCUGAGGUGCUUACCAGAGAAACAUGGAUGACUGAGCUCCCGCCAGAACUGCAGCAUAUUGGCUUGGGGCCUCGAACUUUCAAAAGAAGGUCAGGUCCAGAAAACGCUGAUCGCUCCAUUUGGACGGAUACACCAGCAGAUCGGGAGCGCAAAGCCAGGGAACAUUUUGAGGGAAAGAAAAAGGGUGAAGCAGAGAAAGACGGAGACCCACAUGUUUCCCAGAAGGACCUGGAGAUGGCAGAGAAAGUAUCAAAGUACAAUGAGUCUAAACGUGCGGAGUCUCUGAUGAGCCUACACACAAAGAAUAUGAAGGAGAAGGCGAAGGAGAAAGCCACCACGCCAGUGGAGAGGAGACCGUUUGAUCGUGAUGCAGACCUGCAAGUGAACCGCUUUGAUGAAGCACAGAAGCAGCGCCUGCUGAAGAAGUCUCAGGAACUGAACACACGGUUCUCCCACAGCAAGGACCGAAUGUUCCUCUAACACUCUGUGAAAGUGUAAAAAAUGUGUUUGAACACACAGACAUUAGCCAGUGAAAUUUUCCUUCAGACUUUAUACAAUAUGGACUGUGCUUAAACAAGUCUUUGUUGGUUUAUUAUACUGGACUUGAACACCCAAUAGUUUGUGUCAGUGACUGCACGCCAUGUUACAACAGAUGUUUUAAACUCAUUCAAGCUGUUAUAAAGCAGCAACUAUUGAUGCUUUAAUUUUUUUCUAAAAUACACUGUAUUAAAAACUGGUGUUAGAGAGAGAAAAUUUUAAACAAAUGGAAAAAUUUUUCUUGCAGCAUGUCAGGUUAUCUUUUCAGAUUGGACUAUGUUCACACAGGUAACAACCAGAUCAACCACAAAAAUCUUGCAUAAUUUAGUUACUCUAAUACUCUCAGAUCAAAUGUUAUUUUCAUUUUUUGUAUGCUGCAAUUUUGUAAAAAAAAAACUUUGACUUUGUACUGGGAGAUAGUAAAGGAGAGAUGAGUGUAGUCAUAGAUAAAUAGGGAUAGUGCAGUAUAAUACUGAGUUGUAUAAUGGUGCAUAUGAUCAUUUUAUACAGUAUAUAUCAUUAUACAGAUAUCUCUGACCUUUCUUGGCCUGCCUUUUUUCCUGGUAGCUAAAGGUAUAGGAAAAUACUUUGUCAUUGAUAUUUAACUCACCUGUGAACAUUCAAAUUGUGCUUCAUAUGUAUUUGGCCCCUUAAUAUAGCUUUGGGUGUGUUUAUAAAAUGAACAUUUUAAACCCAACUUUAACCAACUAGAUCAGUGACCCUAAAAGCCUAAAACCCUUCCAUGAUUGUACUCUUUGGUUUAUUUUUCACUAUCUUAAAUGUUUUCUGAAACUUGCUGUAAAAUGCGUCGCUGUCCUGCACAUGAAGCUUUUAUCUGUCCAUUAAGCUGUUUUUUAUUUAAAUCUUUUUUUUUUUUUUUUUAUCUUUUUUUUUUUCACAAAUUUAUUUUCUUUAAGUUGAGUCCGAUUUUGCCAUAAGAACAAAAAAUAUUUUCAGUUGUGAGGGUUUAAGCGAUAUGCCGUAGUGAAGAAUGUAGAAAGGUCCACAUUAGUGUCCUGUAUAUAUCCCGUAUCCCUGAAAUAUACGCACGUACGCGCGUAUUUGAUUACGCACACGAGCGGCAGUUUUCGUUGCUGAAGUUCAUCCAGCCGUCGUUUUAAAAACAAGAGCGUUCAAGUGUUGCCAAGCAGAAUACGGGCGUGUGGCUUGGCAAGGUACCUACACACUCUUAGUAAUGACAUUAGUUAAUGGGAUGUAAGGAGACUAAAUUAAACAGCUAAAGCUACUGUUACGUUCAAUUUGCUUCAGGUGUCUGAGCCAGGAGUGACGUCACUCCCACGUUACGCGUGCUCCAGCGGUAAAGUUGUAAAAGCAAAGGAAACGGUUUUAGAUGCGUCAGUAGGUUGUUUUUUGUUUGUUUUGGCGCGUCACGUUCACGGACAGAGCCUGUUAAUGAGCUUAAUAUGGGUUAUUUAGUGAGUCACAGAUGCGCACCAGUGGCUGCACAGAUUGCAAGUUUGUUUACGUCAUAAAUAAAUGAGCGUACUACAAUCUUGGAUUGUUAAAUCGGGGUUAAUCAUUUCUUCCAUUACUGGAAAACAGUGCUUAAUGAGAUUUACAGAGAAACUGUUCCCCAGUCGAACCCAUUUGUAGUGUUAUCUAUCAGCCUUCACUGAUAGGUGAUGGCUCUCUAACAGCCAUAGCUGCUAAUACAGAGAGUUAAGCAAUAGUAAAAUGUUUAUCACUAAAUAACCACAAAGCAGAUAUCCAGUUUUUUCCCAAU